AUGUUCAGUGAGCAGUAUAUUCUUGUACCAUUGACAGAGAAGAAAAAUCUUUGUUCCGAAUGUAUCGAAUUAUUAAAUCAAGAAUGGCCACGAAGUGUAGGUGCACGUGAGAAUACAUUACGUAAAUCGCUUAAUUCAUCACCUCCGAUGUCAUUCAUUAUGGUUGAUAAAAAAACUAAUGAAUUGGUGGGUCAUGCUAGAUUAUGUCCACUUUUGGCAGUAUCGCAAAGUUGUUGGAUUGAAUCCGUUAUUAUUGAUAGCAAUUUAAGAGGUAAAGGUUUGGGAUGUUGGCUAAUGGCACAGCUAGAAGAUGAAGCCAGGAAGUUCGGAUUCAAGAAAGCUUAUUUAUCCAGUGAAAAUAGACAGGCAUUUUAUGCAAAAUGUGGUUAUGCAACUUGUGAACCAGUGCUUAAUGUUGGUGCUAAUGCGGCCUUGUUUGAAAGAUUCAAUUUGGGAGGAUAUUUCUCUUCAGCUGUUGAUGGAUCUACCUCUAAUGAACGAAUUACUCGAAUUAAUUCAUCGAAACCUAGUAAUUCCUGUGUAUCUGCUCUUCCAUCCGAAAAAAGCUUAUUAUUCCCACCACUAGCUCCUCCUCCUCCUCCCUUCGGAAUAUCAGUAUUAUCAUCCGGUGAAGCAUCAAAAUUUGAUGGCAAAAAAGUUCAUUAUAUGUUUAAAAUACUUUAG